AUGGCGGAAAUGGCGCAGCGAAUACUCAUGAAUGAGUUCAAGCAGCUCAGCAAGGAGAAGUGGACCAAUAUUGAGCUCAUCAACGAAAACGUCUUCGAGUGGAGCGUAGCCCUCAUUGUCUUGAACGAGGAAUCCAUGUACUACGGCGGCUACUUCAAGGCCAAGAUGACCUUUCCACGCAACUAUCCACAUAGCCCACCAGACUUCAAGUUCAUUCGCCCACUAUACCACCCCAACAUUUACCCCGACGGCCGCCUGUGCAUUUCUAUCCUGCACCCGCCCGGCGAUGACGAGAUGUCCGGCGAGACUGCGGCGGAACGUUGGUCACCUGUACAACGUGUCGAGACGGUCCUAAUCUCGAUUCUGUCACUACUAGACGACGCAGAAGUCUCAUCGCCUGCUAAUGUCGAUGCUGGAGUCAUGCUGCGCAACAAGCCUGUAGAGUACAAAGAGAUGGUCCGGAAGGACCUGGAGCUAUCGAAACAGGAUAUUCCUGCAGACUUUGUCAUGCCGACACAUGAGACUGCGUGGAAGAAAGAAAAAGAUGAGGGGGAGUUUGACAUGAGCUGGGAAGACAGCGAUGCAGAGAGCUUGGACUUUGGUGGUAGCGAGAGCGACAUGGACGAAGACCAGGAAAUGGACUCUGACUUCGAGGGCGACGAGGAGGACGAAGAUGAAGAAGACACCCCCAUGAAGCGCUAG